AUGCAAGCUCGGCCUUCCCGACCGCGCGGCGCGGAAAACGCUGUCCCUCUCCUGCACCAGCGGCACAAGUCUACGGGGAACCUCGACAUGUCCAACGCGUCCGCAGCCGGAAUCCGAGGCCCUGCCAAGCGAGCCGCCUUUGGCGAUGUCACAAACCAGAGCAAGAAUGCCUUGGGUGCCCGCGACGAGGCGAAGGCCGGCAAGCAUCAGCCCGCCUUGGCUUCACACAACGCACAGCCACUCGGCGUGGUCAACAAGGAAAACCUCUUGUACAACAACGGCGGCGGCUCUCACAACAACCACAGCAAGGCCAAAGAUUCCUUCCUUCGCCCUGCACAACGGCCCGCUGCUCUGACAGCCAAACCCAAGACUGCUGCUGACAACCGGCCGGCCGAGGUGACGAGGAAGCCCGUCCCCGGUGCGUCUCUGGUCCCCGGGGGCCAACCCGGCAGAGGGGAGGCGGCUGUUUCACGGCAUACGGCAACGGAUGAAAUCGAAAGGGCCCUUGGCCUUGCUGCCUCUCAGGCCUCGCUUGAGGGCUUGCCCUUCCCACAACCUCGGCACUACAAAAGCCAGCCGCAGUUGAAACAGCAGCCGCCAACCCUACGCCGCACACAGAGCAGGCAGUUUGAGGGCACCAAUGCCGUCGCCGACAAGGCUGCCAGAGCCGACGCCGACCCUGGGGGCUUGCCUUCGCGCCACCUCGAGCCUUCGGCCGACCACGCGGCCUACCUUGGCCACCUGUAUCCCGGCCCUGAUCGCGAAACGCUCUCGCACACUCCCGCCAUGUCCGAGCCAGAAGAUUGCUGGGACGAGGAUUACGACGAGGAAUACGACGACCAGGACCAAGCCUACACCACUGCCCACUCAUUUCGCUCGCGUGACAUGACCAUGGGCGGCGUCACCACCUUGCUGGCUCCGCGGGUCACCGCCCGUGUUCAGCGCGAGCUGGAAGAGGCCAAGCUGGAGGUGCAGCAGACUCGGUCGCCCGAGGACGUCGAGGAGGAGCUGUGGGAUGUCAGCAUGGUUGCCGAGUACGGCGAAGAGAUUUUUGACUACUUGCGAGAACUCGAGAUCAAGAUGCUUCCCAAUCCUCACUACAUGGAGAUUCAGACGGAGAUUCAGUGGUCCAUGCGGUCCGUUCUCAUGGACUGGCUGGUCCAAGUCCAUAACCGCUUCAACCUGCUGCCCGAGACGCUCUUCCUUACCGUAAACUAUAUCGACCGGUUCCUCUCCUGCAAGGUCGUCUCCAUUGGCAAGCUGCAGCUAGUGGGCGCAACUGCGAUCCUGGUGGCCUCGAAAUACGAAGAAAUCAACUGCCCGUCGCUGGAGGAGAUUGUCUACAUGGUCGACGGCGGUUACAACCUGGAAGAGAUACUCAAGGCCGAGCGCUUCAUGCUCAGCAUGCUUAGCUUCGAGCUUGGGUGGCCAGGUCCUAUGAGCUUCCUGCGGCGCGUCAGCAAGGCCGAUGACUACGACUUGGAGACGAGAACCCUGGCAAAGUACUUUCUCGAACUGACCAUCAUGGACGAGCGGUUCGUUGCCUCGCCGCCGAGCUUCCUGGCGGCAGGUGCCCAUUGCCUGUCCCGACUGGUACUGAGCAAGGGCGAAUGGACCAAGCAGCACGUCCACUACUCGGGCUACACCUGGGCCCAGCUCAAGCCGCUGGUGACCAUGUUGAUCGAAUGCUGCGACCAGCCCCGCCUGCACCACUCAGCCGUGUACGAAAAGUACAAGGACAGGCGAUAUAAAGGCGCGUCGACGAUUGUGCAGCGCGCGCUCGAUGCCGGCUUCACGCUGCCCCAUCACUCCAUCCCCAUCCGACGGUCCCCGGCGCAUGCCGGCGCCAUUGAAGACGGUUCGGGCCAGCUGCCGUACAAGAACGGCCUACUCGUCUCCACGGAGGGAUGA